UCCAAGCAAGGAAAAAUCCACCUCCUCUGCUAAUCAACCAAAGGAAAAUAAUCCCACACCUACUCCUUUAAGCCAAUUAAGCGACCCAGAAUUAACCAAAUGUCUAUUAGAGGAUUUUAGCCGAAGGCUGGAAUUAGAAAAAUAUUUUGUUUUUGGUUUGGGGGAAUUAAAAACAAUGAAAGAAGAACCAGCAAAGAAAGGAAAGACGAUAAUUAGCAAUUGGCGCGUUGUUUCUCAAAUACUAGGCGAUAGCCUUACCAAAUUAACUAUUUCCUAUGGAAAGUGA